AUGAUUUCGACAACUCUAACGAGGCUACGGCCUAUGAUUGCGCCUAGGAACUUAUAUACGAGAGGCGCUGCUAGAAGGACAUAUUCAAAUAAGGCACCAAGCCCAGUGUCUCAGUUCUAUCGCACAUUCACACGGCCCGUCGCAAAGACACUUCUCAUUGCUGUCUUUACGUACCAGUUGGCUUACUGGACUUGGGUGAAACUUGAGACAGAUGAGAUCCGUGCGGAGCGAGAAGCAACGAUUGAGAAGCUUGAGACAACUAUCAAGGAUUAUGAUGCUGCGACAAAGGCAAACAAGGCUUAG